AUGAGCAAAAAAGUUGUUUAUACGUAUAUAUGUAUUAAUAUAAUUACUUAAUACGGUCGAAGGUUAAUAAACAACCAAUCGUCAUGAGCUUUAAAAUGAUUCGAAACCAAAAAUAGUAAAUAAUAAAAUUUGAAGUUAAAAAUAUUAAAAUCUCACAAAAAUUUAUAAGUGUGCAGUGGAACGGCAUAAAUUCAUGCUUCAGUGGAACAGUUACAUUUGCAUAGUUAACCAAAAACAGAAAAAAAAACUUUAUUUAUUUUGGUUAAUUGCAUUAGUUCUGGUUAAACGCGAAUCAACGCGAAUCACGCGGGAGUCAAUUGUCAAGUAGUAUACUUGAAUAUACAGCUACGCUAUGUUUUCACUUGAAUAUCAAGGAUAUAUUCACAGUAUUUUUUGGAGUAGUGUGAUCCUAACUUUGUCAGUUCUACAACUGCUACCUUUCGCUAAUGCACAUUUCAUACAGAUCGAUCAUAAUGCUUUUCAGCCUAACAACUUUCCUCGGCCACCACUUUUACCGCCACCACUGCCUCCUAUAAAACAAGUACCACGCCAUUUAGGCUCAGUAGAAGUUUCACCAGCGGAACUCAUGGCUGAUUUGAGCAACGCUCUCGCCUAUCGCAUCCUUCAUUAUCAUUCAAUACUCAACAGAAAUAACUUCGCCUUUUCCCCUACGGCACUGAUGAGUGUGCUAAUAGCAUUGUACGAAGGUUCUGCAGGACGAAGUGCUUUAGAAUUGCGCAACGUACUGCUGCUUCCAAACAGCCGCGAUAUCAUACGCAUAGGCUAUCGUGACAUACAUCGUAGAUUGCGGACUUACUUCUUCGGUUCCGAAAACCCGCUUAAAGGUUUGAGUCUCAACAAAGAAAAUGUGACGAUUACUCACAGCUAUGAAACUGUACUGAUGUUUUACGGCUACGAUUUGGGAAUAGAUAUGGUAUCAUCUACUGUAUCUAUGCCAUCGCCUUCAACGCCGGUGUCCAACAUAACUGAUGAAAUAGCAAUGGCAACAACAACAAUCAUGCCCGAAAUUGUCACAACAAAACUUUCAAAUUUCAGCACGGCAACCACCUCUGAAGCUGAACUAAUGAAUGGAGCUAACACAACACCUUCACCUGCAAUGCUCACUACCACCUCGGAAUCCACAACUAUAGCUGAGAAACCAAAUGAAACUACAACCAUAGCCAGCCAAAUAACGACCUCAGCGGAAGUAAUAACCACAGCGGAAGUCACGACCCCAUCGCAAGUCACGACUCCAGCAGAAACCACCGUAACUUCAGAGUUGUCAACGACAACAGUAGAAGACGUAACUACCGAAACAAAUGAUGAAACAACUCCUACACUAAUUAAGGGAAACGAAAACGAUGUCGCCGAGCUUGUGGCUCCCAUUGAACUGAAUUCAACACCUUUUCAGAGAUUACAAAAGGCGCAUCCAAUACAUCAGCCAAGCUCUAAAUUGCAAGCCCCUUUAUCAUUGAUAUCUGCGCCCAAGCAUAAAUACUUACCGCAAACUGCACGCUCGCGUAGUAUUCGGCAUAAACGACAUUUGUUUAGCCUCAAAGAGGUCGACACUAAUCUUUUUGUUACACUCUUUCCCCAGCAGCAUCAUACUUUUCCAUCCCAGCAUACUACUGGACCCGCGACAUUAGGACAAUUCACAAAUGAAUAUGAAGUUGAAACACUAGAUGCCCAACUUCUAAAUGUGGCAAAUGCUAAAAGCAAUUACGGUUACAAUACAGAUGUCAUAAGUCACGUGUUCUAUUUAGGAAACCAACAGCUGGUUCACACUACAUUCAAAGUAUACAAUGCUGUAUUGUAUUUUAAAUACUUUGAAGAACUAAAAAUGAGUGUUCUUGAACUUGAGCUGGAUACACCGGACUACAAUUUGAUGAUUUUACUCCCCGACUAUCAAAUAGAUUUAGUAACAGCGACUGCCUCACUUGGACUGGCCCCAUCGUUACGGCUGAUGAGAAAGCAACUAAAACCGAAAUGGGUUCAAGCCAUUAUACCAGAUUUUAAGCUACAUGGAAUACUGUUUCUUACCAACGACCUUCAAAAUAUGGGUGUGUGUGACAUAUUUGAACCUAUCCGAGCAGAUUUUCGACCUAUGACAGAUGAAAAGGGUAUUUAUGUAAAACACAUCGAGCAAUCGAUCAACGUCAACAUACGAACGCAUCCAAUAAAUCAAUUAAAACGCAACUAUGGAUCACAAACUCAACCCAUCCAGAUCUCCGUAAACCAUCCGUUUCUCUUUUUCGUCAUCGACCGUGACCUAGAUGUUGCUGUAAUGAGCGGUCGUAUCUUAAACCCUCUGAAUGUGCGAAUUCAGUAACAUAAAACCAUAUUGUCGCACAUCCAUCAGAUGAAGGUAGUUCCUGAUACAAUAUUAUGCAACAAUCAUAAAAAAAAAAUUAAGCAGUGUCACGAUUUUCAAUUCUACGGUACCAGAUUGACUUGGAGCGAUGCAUCCAACCUACCAUGCCUCCAACACGUUAAUAGCAUCUACCUUUCGGGCGCAUAAUAGACUGGAACAAAACCCCAAACCAACGCGACCGUAAUAUACACCACUCCUCGAUGCCUUCAACGCCAUCUAGACCACUGACCGACAGACCAUCUCCAUGCACAAAAGCAACCUAAUCCACGUUUGGGUUAGACUGCCAGGACACGAAAGUAGAAUUAAGUAGAGCAAACUAACAAGGCAGUGAUAUUUUGAUAGUCUAGAUGGACAAAAUUAUUUUUCUUUUUGUUUGUUAAGUAAA